CCUUAACCUAAGAUACGCCUCCGUCGCUAAGCGGACGCUAAAACCCCGCGCGCGCAUGUGGCGUUGUGGCGUGUGGCGUGUGUGGCUCGUGAGCAUGACGAUGUGAGACAAGUGUGACCUUCGGACAACACUUGAAGUAAGGACGUUUUGUUUUUCCUUUUCUUCUUCUUUUCUUCUUUUUCUUCCUCCUUUUUUCUCUAUAAAAAAGAAGAAAAAGAAGCUCAAUAUGUAACGUCUCUUCCAAUGCGUCGGUUUAUCUUCAUCUUCGCUCUCAUCUCCUGUCUCCUCGGCGUCUCAUGCCUCCCUCCAGCCUCGCCCUCGAACACCACCAUCCCUCCCUCCCUCUUCACCGCCCUUCCCCGCCUCGCCGCCCUCGUCGACAUCAGCUAUUGCAUCACACCCGCGCUCUCAGGCCUCACGCCCCCUUUCCACUGCGCGUCCCACUGUUCCCAAUUCCCGCUCGUCCAACUAAUCGACACUUUCCACACCGGUCCCCUCUCUACUGACAGCUGCGGCUAUAUCGCUGUUGAUCACGGGGAGCGCGCGCUCUUGGUCGUUUGGCGUGGCUCCUAUAGUCUAGGAGAUUUGCUCGCUGAUCUGGAAGUCGCGCCGGGUGAAUACGUUCCUUAUCCAUCUCCCGAUGACAAUGAUGAUAAUGAUGAUGAUACUCCAAACACCCCCCACCAAACCUGGCGUUCCCUACUUUACAAACUCACCCAUCCAUGGACUCUCUGGUCAUCUCCCCGCAUAGAGCAAGAAGAAGAAGAAGAAGAAGCCGAACCAGCGUCCCUCAAAUGCACAAACUGCACCGUUCAUCUGGGUUUCCUAUGCGCCUGGAAAUCCACGCGUUCCCUGAUCCUCCCCACGCUGUCCAGGCUGCAGCUCCAAUAUCCAGAUUAUGAAAUUCGGCUUCUGGGCCAUUCGCUCGGUGGUGCGGUUGCGCUGCUCGCUGCUCUCGAGAUGGAAGCAUUUGCAGAAGAAGGCAGGUAUCGAAGGGUAACGCACGUCGGUGAUCCAGUCCCGUUACUGCCGCUCAGGGAUUGGGGUUAUAGAUCGCAUGCCGGAGAGAUCUAUAUCGCGAAGAGAGAGCUGAAACCGGAAAUCGCAGAUGUGUAUCGGUGUGAGGGACCAGAGGAUGAGAGGUGUAGUAGUAGGGGCGCUGCUGCGGGGGGAGAGCUGGGUGCCGUGUUAGAUGAGAGAGCUUUGUAUGCUCAUAGGGAUUAUUUCAUAAGGUUGGGUUUGUGUAUUCCUGGGGCUGGGGAACUGCUGGAGGACGCAAGGGCUUGGGAGGAGGAGUUGUAGGGAAGGCUAUGAUAGCUAUUAUCAUCAAUCAGGCUCUCU